GUUAUGGAAUUCUAUCUAGACGAUCCAAAAGUUCUUCAAUUUUUCUCGGUCUCCAUUCAUCAUGAAGAAAUAAUUGCAUUUCAAACGUUUAACAUAGAAAAAUAUUCGGGAAGUGGAGGUGGUAUUAAAAAGGUUGUGAAGCUCCCACUAGGAGAGGCAAUUGUACUUUUGUUUGGAACACCAGGUAUAGAAAUGGGAGCAACCUUGGCACAUGAGAUGAUGCAUGGAUGGUUCCGCCUUCAAGGUAUGCCAUGGGGAUGUGAAAAUAGGACUGAAGAAGGUAUUUGCCAAGUAAUGUCUUACAAAUGGUUGCAGUGGUUUUCUUCCAGUGGUCUUGAUACCUCGCACAAAACCAUACAGCAAGUUCAAUAUACAAGAAAGCUGAAAGAGUUCUUAGUAGAAGAAAUUCGGUGUCGAGAAGACGAAGUUUAUGGCCAAGGAUUCAGAGAUGCUAUGCAUGCUGUUGAAACAUUUGGCUUUAAAACCACACUAGACCAUGCCGUUAAAAAUGGAACUCUACCACUACCUAUGAUGGAUAGUACACGCUCCACCGCCACAGCUACCGCCGUCACCACUACCACCAAGAAGUUAAUAAGAAAGAAUACUGGUGCCACCCCAAUAACUCGGUUAUUAUGGAAGGCGACCAGCAAUACAACCAAAUCAUUAUGGAAGGCCACAGCUGCCGCAAUAACUGACUUAUUAUGGAAGGCGGCCACCACCUACGAAACGCCGCGGUUUAUUAUUAUGGAAGGUCACUGCCACAACCAAUAUCAUCAAGGGCAAAGCCAUAAAAACUUACAAGAAGGCAUGUCCUUGUCCCCUAUGCUCCUUGUAUUUAUUGGUAUACUAAUUGAACACAGGUGACAAUUAUAUGCAAACUAACAAGUUCAAUUUUUUAAAAGAAGAUUUGUUUAUUAUCUUUUAUACAGUGAGGAAGAUUUUUCCCCUGCACUCUUUGUAUUUAGUUGUAUUUUUUAUACUAUCAAAUUACAAAGUGUAACGAUGAUAAAACAAUUUAUCGAUGUCUUUGAAUUUUAGUAAAAGACAUUGUUUAUUAGCUGAUUUUGCUUCAAUUCCCCAUAUAGAAAUGAAAAAAACAAAGGUUUAGUCCUUUCCUCAUGCUCA